GCACACGCCGUGUCGGGGGACACGUCUCCGCUGGAGCGUCUCUUACCGUCUCGGCUGGCACGCGAUAGAGCUGAGAUCCGUCUGGGACUGGUUAGACGAAGCCGACGGACUACCGCUGGGUGACCCGUGGAGCCGCGCUGCACCAAACCCAGCCUCGUCUCGGGGGCUGUACGGUACAGAGGACGGCGUUGUGUAUAAACAAUACUGUUGGACGUGUGGCGGCGGCUGGUGGUGAGCGCUGUAACUGAAGUGCCGCGGUAGUGCUCUAUAACUAUUUCCAGGAGUACAGAUCUGAAGCAAGAUACGGCAUGUCCUGAUCUACAACCGUCUGCCGUCUGGACGAAUAUUGCGUCUCGCACGCCGUGUAGUCAUACGGUGCCGCCGGGUGUGACGUUUCCAGUGUAACAAAGUGGUCCGUGUUUAGUAUCUUUGAUCGACUUCGGGAUAGUCUUCAGCGCAUUCUGGAACGUCGCUAGUGCAGUGAGUCUUCUCUGCUUCUGCUACAACUAUAUUAGGAGUCUCCAGCACCAUCGGCCGACCCUGUGACGACUGCGUAGUCUCCCGCCUUCCGUCAUGUGGACGGCGGAGGCGUGGCACGACUUCGCCGCCGGCUGGGCGGGCGGCUCUCUGGGCAUCCUAUGCGGCCACCCGCUGGACACCAUCAAGGUGCGCCAGCAGGCGCUGCUGGUGUCCCCGCUCCGCUGCCUGACCGCCACACUCCGCCACGAGGGCGCGCGCGGUCUCUUCAAGGGUCUGGCCUUCCCGCUGGUGUCGGCAGGAGCCGUCAACUCGGUCUUCUUCGGCGUCUACUACAACUGCCUGCGGCACCUGAACAGCGGCGGCGGCGGCGGGGGAGCGGAGGCGCCGCUGCGGCACGUGGCUGCCGCCGGCGCGCUCGGCGGCCUGGCGCAGCUCGCCGUGGCCGUGCCCGUCGACCUGGUCAAGAUCCAGCUGCAGACGCGGACGGGCGCCAGCGGCGGCUGGGUGCGGCACUACCAGACGCCGGCGGCCGGGCCGCUGGCCUGUCUGGCGGCGCUGUACCGGGCCGGCGGCGCGGCCGCCUGGUACCGCGGCUUCGGCGUCCAGCUGCUCAGAGACGUGCCCGCCAGCGCCGCCUACUUUGUGCUGUACGAGGCGGGCGUGCGGUGGGCGCGGAGCCACCAGGUGCCGUCGGCCGCCGCCGUGCUGGUCGCCGGCGGCGCGGCCGGCGUGCUCUCCUGGUCGCUGAUUCUGCCAUUGGACGUGGUCAAGAGCCGGAUCCAGGCGGACAGUCCCGAGCGGCCGCAGUUCCGCGGCGUGGUGCACUGCGCGCGAGAGACGGUCAUCCGCGACGGGCCGGCCGCCCUCUUCAGGGGCUUCACCACCAUGGCCACGCGAGGUUUUGUCGUGAACGCGGCCACAUUCUUUGGAUAUGAGUAUUUCAUGGUAGGGAUUAAAUUAGUGGCAUAGACUUAUUACACAGAUAGCGAUGCGACUCAGGGGGAUGGCUGUUGAGAAAUGAGGGCUGAUUGAGGAUAGGAUUAUCGAUACGACUCAGGAUGGUACGUUGGAAAUAUUGUGCAAUGAAUGACCAUAUUUUAUGACAUACCUGCGGGGCCGGGACCUGCUGACUGAUGUGGAUUACUUGGAUUCGGCGUAGACGUGACUUGCGAGGGGGUCUAUAGCGGUGUGCAAGGUUCACCAGGUUGCUGCUGGCCCGCUACGAUGACAUUACGCCACACCUCGAACACCGCUUGACUAGCUCGACUUAAUUUGCCAUAUUUACUAAAUACAUAUAGUAUACGAGUAGGCAAUUUACGCCCUAGUGAAUCUGGACUUUUAAAAUAGGAAAAUCUACUA